AAACUCCUCUGAGCAACUGAAGUUUCCUUAUUCAGUUGAAGAUUGCUAUGGUGUAACAGAAGUUGUAUUUUGCUUUUCCCCUUAAUCCACUUUCCACCCUACCCAACCCCCCUUUUUUCUUAAGAACAUAGUGUAGAUUUGUUAGAAAUAGUAGUACCUUCUUUCCCCACCCCAAACUGCUACCUGUUUCUUCCUUGUUUGGACUCUCUGCUCCUCUAGAAGAUUUCACAGCAAUGCUGGACUGCAGUGACUAUAUUCUAGACUCAAGAAUGAACAAUCCGUCAGAAACCAGUAAACCAUCUAUGGAGAGUGGAGAUGGCAACACAGGCACACAAACCAAUGGUCUGGACUUUCAGAAGCAGCCUGUGCCUGUAGGAGGAGCAAUCUCAACAGCCCAGGCGCAGGCUUUCCUUGGACAUCUCCAUCAGGUCCAACUCGCUGGAACAAGUUUACAGGCUGCUGCUCAGUCUUUAAAUGUACAGUCUAAAUCUAAUGAAGACUCGGGGGAUUCACAGCAGCCAAGCCAGCCUUCCCAGCAGCCUUCAGUGCAGGCAGCCAUUCCCCAGACCCAGCUUAUGCUAGCUGGAGGACAGAUAACUGGGCUUACUUUGACGCCUGCCCAGCAACAGUUACUACUCCAGCAGGCACAGGCACAGGCACAGCUGCUGGCCGCUGCAGUGCAGCAGCACUCCGCCAGCCAGCAGCACAGUGCUGCUGGGGCCACCAUCUCCGCCUCUGCUGCCACGCCCAUGACGCAGAUCCCCCUGUCUCAGCCCAUACAGAUCGCACAGGAUCUUCAACAACUGCAACAGCUUCAACAGCAGAAUCUCAACCUGCAACAGUUUGUGUUGGUGCAUCCAACCACCAAUUUGCAGCCAGCGCAGUUUAUCAUCUCACAGACGCCCCAGGGCCAGCAGGGUCUCCUGCAAGCGCAAAAUCUUCUAACGCAACUACCUCAGCAAAGCCAAGCCAACCUCCUACAGUCGCAACCAAGCAUCACCCUCACCUCCCAGCCAGCAACCCCAACACGCACAAUAGCAGCAACCCCAAUUCAGACACUUCCACAGAGCCAGUCAACACCAAAGCGAAUUGAUACUCCCAGCUUGGAGGAGCCCAGUGACCUUGAGGAGCUUGAGCAGUUUGCCAAGACCUUCAAACAAAGACGAAUCAAACUUGGAUUCACUCAGGGUGAUGUUGGGCUCGCUAUGGGGAAACUGUAUGGAAAUGACUUCAGCCAAACUACCAUCUCUCGCUUUGAAGCCUUGAACCUCAGCUUUAAGAACAUGUGCAAGUUGAAGCCACUUUUAGAGAAGUGGCUAAAUGAUGCAGAGAACCUCUCAUCUGAUUCGUCCCUUUCCAGCCCAAGUGCCCUGAAUUCUCCAGGAAUUGAGGGCUUGAGCCGUAGGAGGAAGAAACGCACCAGCAUAGAGACCAACAUCCGUGUGGCCUUAGAGAAGAGUUUCUUGGAGAAUCAAAAGCCUACCUCGGAAGAGAUCACUAUGAUUGCUGAUCAGCUCAAUAUGGAAAAAGAGGUGAUUCGUGUUUGGUUCUGUAACCGCCGCCAGAAAGAAAAAAGAAUAAACCCACCAAGCAGUGGUGGGACCAGCAGCUCACCUAUCAAAGCAAUUUUCCCCAGCCCAACUUCACUGGUGGCGACCACACCAAGCCUUGUGACUAGCAGUGCAGCAACUACCCUCACAGUCAGCCCUGUCCUCCCCCUGACCAGUGCUGCUGUGACAAAUCUUUCAGUUACAGGCACUUCAGACACCACCUCCAACAACACAGCAACCGUGAUUUCCACAGCACCUCCAGCUUCCUCAGCAGUCACGUCCCCCUCUCUGAGUCCCUCCCCUUCUGCCUCAGCCUCCACCUCCGAGGCAUCCAGUGCCAGUGAGACCAGCACAACACAGACCACCUCCACUCCUUUGUCCUCCCCUCUUGGGACCAGCCAGGUGAUGGUGACAGCGUCAGGUUUGCAAACAGCAGCAGCUGCUGCCCUUCAAGGAGCUGCACAGUUGCCAGCAAAUGCCAGUCUUGCUGCCAUGGCAGCUGCUGCAGGACUAAACCCAAGCCUGAUGGCACCCUCACAGUUUGCGGCUGGAGGUGCCUUACUCAGUCUGAAUCCAGGGACCCUGAGCGGUGCUCUCAGCCCAGCUCUAAUGAGCAACAGUACACUGGCAACUAUUCAAGCUCUUGCUUCUGGUGGCUCUCUUCCAAUAACAUCACUUGAUGCAACUGGGAACCUGGUAUUUGCCAAUGCGGGAGGAGCCCCCAACAUCGUGACUGCCCCUCUGUUCCUGAACCCUCAGAACCUCUCUCUGCUCACCAGCAACCCUGUUAGCUUGGUCUCUGCCGCCGCAGCCUCUGCAGGGAACUCUGCACCUGUAGCCAGCCUUCAUGCCACCUCCACCUCCGCUGAGUCCAUCCAGAACUCUCUCUUCACAGUGGCCUCUGCCAGCGGGGCUGCAUCCACCACCACCACCGCCUCCAAGGCACAGUGAGCUGGGCGGAGCUGGGCGGCCAGAAGCCUUUUUCACUCUGCAGUGUGAUUGGACUGCCAGCCAGGUUAAUAAACUGAAAAAUGUGAUUGGCUUCCUCUCGCCGUGUUGUGAGGGCAAAGGAGAGAAGGGAGGAAAAAAAAAACCACACACACACACACACACACACCAGAAAAAGAAAGAAAGGAUGGAGAUGGGACAUUUGCCUAAUUUUGUAAUAAAACACUGUCUUUUCAGGAUUGCUUCAUGGAUUGGAGAACUUUCUAACCAAAAAUUAAAAAAAAAAAAGAAACAAAAAAUCAAAAACAAACAAAAAUAAGUGAAAGGACUACUUAUCAUUUCCAGCAGUCAUGAUGACAAGUUAAGGUGGGUUACCAAUUCCAGUAUAGGAAGGGGAUUUCUUGUUUGUCUAAAUUUCUUUUUUUCUUAAAAAAAUCAUUUUUAUGGGUCUGUUGUACAGGCCAUUAAGUCAUAACAAGGUGUUUAUAAUCGUAUCAAUUGUGUUGGGGGUUCCUUUCUUAACUGGUACAAUUUAGGCAGGCCUGUAUUACUGUAUCUCUAUUAUUAUUGUUGUUGUUAUUGUUUUAUAUAUAUAUAUAUAGUUUGGACAUGUUUAUUAUCUCUUGCUCCUGGAUCCUAUUUCAGUGAGCUCCCACACUGUGGGGAGGGAGGGUUUUGGGGUAAGGGGAGACUUCUGUUCUUAACUGCGGGGAAUGUUCUUGCUGGUUUCCUUAUCCUUGAUGACUCUUACAGAGGUGCUAGAAAAUUAUUUUCUUUUGCCACUUAUGCAAGAGGCUUGGUGCAGAAGCUGAAGGCAGUGUGUGCAAACACUCCCAUUCCACACACGCCCCUUCCCCUCCCCACAUCAGGUGGUGCCUUUGGAGCACUUUUGUGUAGGAAGGAAUUCCUGCUGAACUGUAGCUCUCACUCACCCCCAAAUCAUUGAAUGACCCUGAGGCCCAGAUCCUGUGGUGCAACAGUGCUGCUUUCUGCUACUUUCAAUGGGAACAGCUGUACAUGUUGCAGGGCAGGAUUUGGUUCUGAAGAGCAAAGACUACUGCAGACACCUGACUUGGUGGUUCUCCUGAUUUCUUAUCUCCUGAAAAAUGCUCCUACUGUUGGUGUGUUUGUUUGUUUGUUCAUUUUGUGGAAGUUUUUCAUCCAAACUUUAACUUGGCAAAGAAAAAAAACUGACUUAUUGAAAUUGGGAAACUUUUCCCGUCUUUUAUUUUCUAAAGGAAUUCUACUAGACUAUUUUCCAUUGAUAAUAUAUACAAAAGAGGUGUGAUGAGAAGAGUGUAAGGUUACCACCUUUUCCUCUGGAGAGCCACAGACUUCCUUUCCACUGGAUGGCUUAUAAAUUCCUCUAACCCUGAGAUUCUUCUUGGUUCUCUGACUAAAGGAGGCACUUAUUAGCCGGGCUGGGAUCUGUAGAACCUUUGAAGAAGGACUUUGAGCAGGAACUUUGCACACACCUUAAGUGUCUCCUUGGUUUGUUCGUGAUGCUCCUGCUAGGUAGGUCUAAAUGGCAAUACACAUCUCUUUAUUCAAUGUAGAAAGUAAUUAGCUCCUGUAAUUAUUUUCAGGGUGUUUCUAGACUAUAUAAAUGAGCCCAUUGAAAAGGAAGAGCUUGUGAAAGUGGAUGAAGAGGAAUAAGGAUAACUUGGAGAUUAAAUUCCCCUUUUUGUCAAUGUACUGUUAUUAUGCCAUCUUUACCAAAAAAUUUUCCAAAAGACUGGAUCACUGCAGUGCAGCUCAUCUAAGUUCCCCUUCUUAUUGGAGUUAAAGGUUCCCAUUUGGUGGCUGUGGGUGCUUGCUUAAAUCUCUGGUGGUCCCAAGACUGCACUUUUUCUCCCUUUCGAGCUGGGGAUGUAGAGAGAACUUACAGGUGAUUUUUAUUCUGAUUGCUUUUGUUUGUGUCCACAAGGGAGCUUGGAUUCUGUGUACUUGUCUCUCUUUACCAUUGUCCAGAAAGGCGGUAAAUACAGACACAUUGUGUACUUUUGUGUGAUUCAAGUGGGAGACAGUCUGUUAAAAGGUCAGAAACAUUUUAGUCCCCUUUUAAAUUUUUGUUUUAGUUUUUUUCUAUCUUGUUUUAUUUCACAAAUAUUUAAUUACCACCCCUAAAUUUCCUCCUCUUACCCUUCACCUUCCCUAAAAUCCUUCCAAAAUCAGUGAACUGCAAGCAGGGAAACUAACAAAUGUCCAUUCACCCUUUUUGUGUGGUGUGUUUUUUUAUGUUUUGUUUUGUUUUGUUUUUUAACUAAGCUUGAACCAAAGUCAAUUUUUAGCAAGCUGCUGUACUAAUGGACUAGUUGAUAACGUGCAGUUCAGACACAUCGAGGAGAUAGAUGCUACUGACAAUUUCUUUUUCAUUUGUCUUUAUUAAUUUUAUAUAAAAGUUGCUGCUUGUUUUUAAUCUUUUAUGUUGGUAAAUUGUAAUAUCCUCUGGGCAGACAUUAACUUGAUGUUUAACUAGUUUAUUAGGUUGGUGUGUAAAUAGAAUGACAAUGUCAAUUACUAAUUUCUCUCCUCUCCAUUCACUUUUUCUCUGUUGUAGUUAAAUGUAAUCUUCUAUCCUGACUUGACAUCUCUACCUUUAGUCUGUGCAAAUGAUUUUAGGGCUAUCAGUAAUGCUCUAGCUGCCCACAGUAAUGAGUCCCUCCCUUGGGAGUGGUGAAACUUAGACGGAAGGAUUCAGGGAGAGAAAUGCUGAUACCCACUAUACUGGAUUAGAAGUUACAGCAUUAAUUUCUCAAAAUUGCUACCAAAGGAAGUGUGGAGUCCCAAGGGACUCAAGCUCAGUGAGGUAAGACAAAGGGCAAGGAAAGACUGUUUGGGUGGUUUUUCUUUUCCCCCACGUAUGGUUUAGAAAAUGAUCCCUUUCCCAAAUAAAACUCACCAACAGACUUUAAUAUUAGAAAAGAUACUAAGCUUUAAAUGUCAAUACAAUGGUCUUUUAUUCCCUGCCCUGUCUAUAUUUUCUACUCAAUUUGGGAUAAGGGGAUUCUGCCUUUUUUAUGUGAAGCACUUGAUGAGGGUAGACCAGCAUAGAAAAUCUGUUUAAAAGAAGAAAUAAUCUUCAGGCAAAGAUAAAUCUUUAGAUAAAAAUAUAAUUUUUUCUCUUUUUUUACUUAUUUAAAAGUAAGUUGUGAAAUGAAAGGUACAUUUACAUAUGUACUCACGAAACACUAAUAUAGCUUUUUGGUGGUUGUUUAGUUUGAAAUCAACUCCCUAUCCAUCAUCCCUAGAUACUUUACUUAUAUUGCUUCAUGAACACCUUAGUCAUUUUUUACUUUAUAUGUAUAUCUUUUUAUCAUCUCAAGAAAUGCAUUUUGAAUUGAAUGAACUAUCUUCUGAGCUAAGGUACUCAAACUUAACUUUUAGCCACCUUAUAUGGGAGAGCCUGGAAACUAAAGGGGGCCAGGGACCAUUUGACCAAAAAGAGGUGUUUGGUGGAGUUUCUGCAUUUCAAAGAAGAAAGGCCAGAUAGGUCAUCACAAUUCAUUGUAUUAUUCUUUUUUUCCCCUUAAUGGUUAUGCAAAUUUUAUUUUAUAUUUCUGAAUUUGGUUAGCACAUACUAAGCCAAAGACUAUUCUAAAUGCAUUUAUAGUGAAUACUAUAUAUGCCCAUGGUAAUGGGUCCUCCCUAAGGAGUGGUGAAUGUAAUUGUGUGAAUCCUGCUUAUCACAAGUGGUGCAAUUUGGUCAUAAAUUUUAUUUAUACCCUGUAUACAUCUGAAUAACAGAGCAGAAAGACCUAAAAAAGGGCUUCUCGCAGGAACAAUAUUACUAUGUUGUUCUAAGAAAAAAUGAGUGCUGUAUUUAAGUGUUUCUGAAGUUCUAUAGGCAGCAUUUUAGAAUUAAGAAAAACAUUGUGUAUAUCCAUUAACUGAUAUAAUUCACAUGUCCUUUUAUUUGUUAUCAGAAAGAUCAAUACUAUCCCAAUUUAUUCAACUUGUUACCCAAGAAAUGGAACCAAAGGAAUCCAACUUUCAUUUUGUGCAGAAUCAUACCUAUUUAUACUUAAUGCUAGCACUGUAAGAAAUAAAUCUUUUUUGUUUAAAAAAGGGAAGAUAAGAUUAAAGAUUCUUAGUGAGAUCAUCUUGCCAAUUUGUUGUACAUCUCUCAUUCAUUGUUGGGGGAAAAAAAGCACAACUAUACCUCUUUAAUGUUAUUUUCUUCCAUUAUCCCUCAUUUAUUUGGGAAGAUAAGGGAAACCUUGUCUGUAUUAUCCAGAAGCACAGAUAUUUGCUUGACACAAUAUUUAAAUUCAGCCGAAUCUUUAACAUUAAAAAGUUUUCUUUUUAACUUGCUGGAAAAAUCCGAUACAUUGGCAAAUAUAGGGAAUUCAUGUCAAUUUUUUUUGGCGGGGAGGUCUUUGUUGCCUAGGCUGGAGUGCAAUGGCACAAUCUUGGCUCACUGCAACCUCUGCCUCCUGGGUUCAAGCGAUUCUCCUGCCUCAGCCUCCCAAGUAGCUGGGAUUACAAGCACCCACCACCGCACCUGGCUAAUUUUUGUAUUUUUAGUAGAGACAGGGUUUCACUAUGUUGGCCAGGCUGGUUUUGAACUCCUGACCUCAGGUGAUCCGCCCGCCUCGGCCUCCCAAAGUGCUGGGAUAACAGGCGUGAGCCACCGCGCCCAUCCUCAUGUCAAUUUUUAAAGUGAUAAAUCCUGAUAUUAUACAUUGCAAUUAGUGUAGAAUAAACGCUUGGCUUAUAGAACUCUCUGUUCUUAGUCUAAAGCUGUUCCCAAACCAGGUCAUCCUCACGAAACAUUCUUGACCAAGAAAAAAGAUAAGGUCAUUGAGACAGGAAGACAAAGGAAAAGCCUCUUGUUUUUGUUUCUUCCCAAGAAAGGAGAAGCCCUGCCAGGGAGAAGUCACUAGUAUCACUGACUCCCCCUAUCACUGAGUGUAGGGUGUGGUAGCAAGGAGGAGGCAGAGAAUUCACGCUGACAGGUGACUCUGGCCUGGCUCUUGGGGGCUCUUCCGAAGACCAGUCUGCAGUUUGAGGAAGGGCCCCAGCAAUUCAUUUGGAGAGCUUGGCCAAAUAUUUUCUCAUUAAUCAGCAUCUAAACUUGAUGAGCUUAAAGUUUGUUUAUUAGAGUUGAAAACAUUAAAAGAUGAUUAAUACUAAUGGUAGAAAAAUACUAAGGAUGCAAAAUUUAAAAUUUUCCAAAGUAGACAAGAAUUGAUGGGUUAAUUUGCUCAUAACUGAUAUGAGUUUGCUUUUAUGUGUGUGUGGAAAGCAUUUAAUGUGUGAUGCUGUUCAUAGUCCUGGCUAUUUGAUAUCAUUUUCAGUUUUACAACAUUUUGAGGAUGACAAAAUGGUAAAUCUUUCUGAGCGUUUACAAACUUCACUUUCAAGAAGUGAAGGGAAAAAUCCUUCUUUGCUAUUUCUGUAAGAAGAAUAACUAAGAUCAGCUAUUAUAUAGGUUUGCAUGGAUGGUGUACACAAUACAAAUGUAAACUUGGAUAGGAAUAGGAUAAAUAAAUUGCUUUCAUCAUAAAGGCCAGUCAUCCAUUUCUUAAUCCAAAGAGAUUAAAUAUAAAUAGGACACCCCUGAGAUUUCCAGUAAGGUAUUUGAAAGGAUUCCACUGGGAGGGCAGGGAAUAUAUUUUUUCUCAGAGUCGUCUAGUUUGUGCCCGGUUUUCUAUAUGGUUUGUGAACUGUAGCUUUAAAAAAAUAAUAAUUUUUUUUGUAGUUUUCUUCUAACCUUAUUCAUUAAGUCGUUCCUUGUUUUGGCCCUUCUACUCUUGGCCUUAGCUAAAAGCAGUAAAUGUGAGUGAAUUUUAUGUUGAUUAUGUCAUCUGGAUCUCCUUUCCUUCCCUUCUUUUUCUCGUUGAAUGGUGGUACCUUAAUUUGGGUAACAGCUAGCUUCUGGCACCUUCAUAAAAUACCUCAGAAUAGCUUAGCAUUGUUGCAAAACUGGUUUUAAACUAAAAACCAAACAAAUAAAAGAAAAAACUUUAUAAAUAGUGGAAGUAAUUCUAGCUGUAGCAUUUAGUCGAACUAAUGUUUAUUAUGAUCGAAAAACAUGAUUGAUGCUGUAUGUAUUUGGGAUCCUGUUUAUAGGUUACAAUUUAUAGGGUUAGGGAGGGUUGGGUGGGGGAAGAGGAGAAGUUGAUUAUGUUAGAAGGAAAACGUUGCUCGUGUGUGUGUGUGUGUUUUCUUAUAUCUGUCUUGCCAAAGGAAACUUGAUUUUCCCUGUGAUUGGCUUUGGCCUCUCUGUGGUCUGAUCUGCAGCGGUGUGUGGUGGCAUGCAGAUAACAUAUGGGGUGUCCAGUAGGUUCAGGGACCCUGAGGGUGCAUUUACAUCCCUUCCUAUUGUUGCCCAUGCCCCCCAGACCCUGCCAACCUCUCUUAAUGAUUCAUUACCUCUGUACAUAGCAAAAGCAUAGGCAAAGGAUGAAUGUAUGAAUGCCUGGAUGUGCAGUUGAGAAAUAGAGGCAGAAAUAGAUAUGCACCAAUUAAUUUGGAGACAAGAGGUGAGUGAUUGAUGUGUCUUAAAUCUAGGAAGGUUAAAGUGAAACAGGUUAUUUGUGUUGCCCUCUGUCAUGUUACUGAAUGUUGUGCUAAUACCACAACAUUUUAAAACCUUACUUUUCUCAUACCAAGGCUAGUUCUGUCUAGACUAAAAACACAAACAGGAUAAAAAGCAAACCAAGAAGUUGAAAGCUAACCUGCCCACCUCACCCCUGUGAUAUAAAGUGUGACCCUUAAAGAUUGAUUGGUGGGAUUGAGGAGAGAAUUAUUCUUGGUGGGAACGUGAAUGAGAAAUGAUGCUGGCUUAGAAAAAAUUACAAGGCCUUUCUGCCCACACUCUGGGACAAACUUUCUUGGCUCCCUGAGUUUCAAUAUAGACUGUAUCUCCAGAAAGGCUAUUUUUUUAAAUAAAUGAUCUCACAGAACUUAAGUGGGAUUUGGUUUAGAUACCAAAGACACUGCUAAUGUCAUUGCUUAUCCUUAAGUUUUCAAAACAGGCAGAGGGAAUAGGAGCAAAAAGCCAAAAUUUGGAAAAGCUUUACUUUAUCUCUUUCCUUCCCUUUUCCCCUUUUCCCAGUCCCCUGCCUUUUGAAGGAAGUCUUCUUGGUUGUCCUGGCUUUGGAAGAGAGAUUUAUUUUGUUUUGCUCUGCUGGCUCUGUAAAGAUGGAUCAUUGCUCAGUGUAGCAGUGAUGUUCUUGGAAUUGCUGAGAAAUUUGGGGAGGGCAAAAGAUAGGGGUAGAAUUUUUUCAUUAUUUCCCUUUAUCUAAUACUUUUAAAUAGAACCAGUAUAGCCUAUAUGAGUUCAGACAAUAUUUAAAUGUGGUAUCUCCAUCUGUCUCCUGUAAAAGAUAAGAAUUUUCAAGAACAGGAUUAUGUAGAAAACCAAAAGAUCUUCCCUUACUCUCCUGUAAAUGUUUUGUUCCAAAAUGUUUUUAUAUACGGGCUCUAGGGAGCCAAGUAGUUCAUUGUUUCGGUGUACUAUUGGUAGGACACAGAAAAGGGGAGAGGGUAAAGAAAUAUAUCGCUGUCUGAAUAUUGCAUCAAAAAUGAUCAGGUUGCAGAACUUCAUGAAAGCUUUGCUAAUAAUCUUAUUGUUCUGACAUUAUGUAAAGGUGGUAUUAAUAUUGUAUGACUUUUCAAAGUGCUAGAUAGGUUUAUAAGUAGGUAAUAGGGAUGUUGAAGAUUAGAGCACUUGAAACAGAAGUUCUGGGAAAAUAAGGUGUGUGUAAUGGAAUACCGCUUUGAGCACAGAAACAAAGGUCUGUUGGGCCUGGGAGAGAAGAUGUGAUUUAUGAUUGUUUCUGUGUCCCUGUAUCUGCCCACCCUGCACAGGGCUCCACCACCCAGGGCCACCUGGUUUAAACCCAGGACACUGUCAAAAAGUUAAGACCCCGAAACUAAUUUACUGUAAAAAACAAACAUUGAGGACUGCUGCAAAGUUUUCCCAUUUUCUUUGUGUACUUGUUCAUCUUUGUAUAAGUUAGCCACAGCCUCCUCACAAGAGCGGCUUAAGGCUUCUUUCAUAAAUUGACUGUGGCAUUGAGUUCUCAAACAUUGUAUCCCAAAAUCUGCAGGCAGACAGCUGGAUACAGCGCUGUGUAUAAAAUGAGACAUCCACACACUUGAGUUUCUUAAGAUUGGGAUCUCUUUCAAAUGAAAAAGGACAGAGCCAAGUAGAGAAAAUACUUGGUGCUCCCACCCAGCCUUAAUGAGUCUCAUGGUCUAAAAGCAUAGGAAGAAAUGAAAUGCACUUUCAGAAGCUAAAAUGACAGUGUCUGCUACAAAAGACUGUGGUUGUAGGCAGUCGGGGAUGCCAUGUCCUUGGUUCCAUUCCUGCGUGAGUCUGCAGAAGGCACACACUUUGUAAGAGCAGAAUGGACUAGUGCCAGCCUGAAUAAGUUUAAAACUGCAAACAGUUGGAGAACAUGGAACAGGCUGGUGCAGGGAGCCUAAGAUUUUGCAAUCAUAUUAUAACAUUGGCUUUUGACAACAUAAAUAGUGUAUCUUCCCUAAGGUCAGGUCGGGAAAGAAAGACUUCCAGCUGCUUACCUCUGCAUGCGUGGCCACGUGUGCAUUGCUCAGUCCGCGGGAGCUCUCACUCCGCAGGAAACGCUCUCCUCCCACAUUAGUCUGUACUUCCAUCCCCUCAUCUGUGGUAGUAGUGAAGGCUAGGUGAGUAAGCGUGGGCUGUUCUACCCACCAGAAGUCCAGGAGCUGUUGUAUACCUCAUUUCUAACUCGUGACCGAGUGACUUGCUUUAACUUUCUCGAAACCCUACAGAGUUGCCAAGUCUGCCCUCCCUCCUCUCAGUCAUGUUAAACUCUGGCCUAUAGCAUCAUGGGACCUGUAGCCUAGGGUGGGACCCCCUAAAGCCUCUGAAUGUUGCUGCUUAAAAGCUACUGCAAACUGAGGGCAAAUUGCAAUCUUCUAUUCCUUUUUGUUGCAAGGGGUCUUCACAGGUCUCUUAACAUCUACUUUCCCUGCCACCCUGCCUUUAGGGGCUGGCCAGCUAUCCACACCCCUAACCCACCCUGUGUUUCUGACAGCUGGCCACACAUCAACUUCUGUACUUGCCUUUUCCUUGGUGGGGUAGAGGCCAACCCCUUCUCCUCUGAGGCCUCAGGGUUCUGUUUCUCUUCAGGACUUUGGGUAGAAGGGAAGACACCAAAGGCUCCUUUAAGCUGACUGCUGCAUACACAUUUCACUUUUUUUCCUUUGACAUGACCAAAAAUAUCCAAAUAUUUAAGUUUAUUAUUAUUAUUAAUAUUAUUAUUAUUUGACAAUCUUAUAUCCAAUGGGCUCUCUAGAAGCUGCAUCCCCAGCCCUUUCACCUUUUCUUUGAAUGUAGUUCCCAACCUUCAAUUCCCACCCCUAAUGCUGACAAAAAGCUUAGCCAGGUCAUGAUACUGCUGCUAUAAGCCAGGGGAGGGUGGUUUCUUUGUUUUGUUUUGUUUUGUUUUGUUUUUUAAAUUUCCAGCCAAAACCAAAGAUUUCUUAAUGAUUGUAUAAACUCAAAACAAACAAAAGAACCAAAGAAAAGGGAAGUCUUCAGCAUCAGUCCAGUCUGUGGUGUCCUGGCACUUAGAAGAGUGAGGCCAGGGAAAGCGGGGCGGGAGGACGCUCUGACCAGAUCAGAAAGGGCAGGCAAGCUGUUUUCCACCUUCCAGGGUCCAGCACAGGUACGUGCCCGUGGCUUUGGCCCUCACAAACUUGUGAGCAUGCCCUGAAACAAAUUGGCAUUUCAGAUUUUCCAAAACAAAAGUCAAAAAACCCCAUCACCACCAUCAGCCACCCUACACCAACCAGGGUCACUAUGGGGACUUAGCACAGGGCCUAGGGAGGGUGGGAGCUGCUGCUGGACUGGCCCGAGGACUCCACAGAGUGGGGGACGUUGAAGACACUGGCGCACGAUUGGCUGCUCUGCUGGGUGCUUUAACCUCUGGGGCUGGGCGAAUGCACGCCAAGGUGCCCUUCUGAGCCUUUUUUCUCUUUUCCUGUACUGGAACUGCUUGGAAGUGGCUGUCCUGUUUGUGAGAAAACAUGCAGAAAGAUUAUCAAGCUUUUCAUUUCUCUUUCUUGUAGUUUUGUUUCCUUUUUGCAGCGCCACUGUGCAACUAUGCAUUGUACUUCACAACCUUUUGUGCUAGGUAGAUGCCUGUGACUUUUUAACUUGGGGGGUGGGGGGAUUGCAAAUGAAGGAACUUUUUACAUGGAUCUUUUUAAUCUCAGUUGACUGGGGGAGGGGGGUACUUGGUUCUUGGGUCAUACAAGCUCUAUCCCAAAGCAAAAUCCAAAUGUUAAUAAUAUUAGCCUGAUGCAGAUACCAAAGAUAAUUUCUUUCCUGCAGAACCUUAGACUCGUGUAUUAAGUACGAUUACCCAGCACUUGCAUUAGUCUAACCUCAGUAAUUCCAAAGCUUAGAUGUAUAUUUUGGUAUAUUUCUGGGAUAUUAAAAGAAAAAAAUGUCGUUUAACUUCUUGUUUGUUUCAGUGUAAUGCUCUUAAAGUCAUAGCAUGAAAAUAAUUGAACUGUCCUAUUCUUAGUAGUUUGAAAUAAUAGUAUUUUUGUAUGUUUUGGGUGUGUCUAUGUAUGUAUUAACAUAACAGUUUUCACUGCCUAGGUGUUCAUAAUAAAAAAGAAAAUGAAAAAAGUUCUGAGUGUACAUAAUAUUCAAUAAUAAUCUCCCACCUGGUGUCAAUUUAGAUUGCAUAUUCCUCAUUGCUGUUCCCGACUGGGAUUUUGUUUUCUUUCAAAGAGACAGUGAUCGUGUUUUUCUAAAGAUGUUUUCUUUCUCUCUUUCAAUAUCUUAACUCACUUUUUAUUUUCUUCCUUUUUUGUCUUAAUUAUUAAUUCAGGGGUGUUUGUCCACUGUUGUCAAGGGAGGGGCACAAGGGGAAUUGGCCCCUUGGCCUCCUAGAACUUUUUGUUUUAUGUACUUUAAAAUGUGAGUUUGAGUUCUUCUUUGUGGAAACUUAAGAUGUGGUGUAAAUGAUUCUUUCCAAAAUUGUCCAGCAGCUUUAAUGAGGCAGUGACAAUUCUGAGGUGGUUUAUUAGAGUCCUUCUACAUUUCUCUUAGAUAACUCUGCACUCUGGGUGGCUAUUGUGUAGCCUUACUGCCCCAGAGCGCCUGUUAGCCAAAUAUUUCCCCUCUGAUAGGAAUAUUUUCUAAGAAUCAGCUGAUAACUUGCGUGCUGGACCUUGUUAUCUGUGCCCCUGGGAGACACACGUUUUCUUGGUUUUGAAAACCUGAAACACAGGCAACUUUACAUUUUGGGGAAAUUAGCUGAUGCCUCCUGAGGCCUGAGGAGGUGGUGGGGAAUAUGAGCGGUGCUGUCUCUCUCAAAGUGCCCUUUAGAUGAUUCCCCCUCCUAGGGCUGCCUGCAGGGGCUGUAGGCUCGGGAGAGAUUGUGUAGGUGACAGUGAAUCAGAAUGAAAUGGUAGAUUUUGUGUAGAUGCAUUUGUCUGCUGUAAUUUUUUAUAUAUAUAUUAAACUUACUGUAACUGUACAGUUCAUUUCUGUUGUAAAACAUCAUUAAACCAUUUUCCAAGUGUUUUCA